AUGGGAGAAACUAGUAAAGCAAGAAGCUCCAAGAAUGUGCAUCUCUCCUUGUUGAAUCUCCUUUUUCUCCUCCUUCUCCAAUCCACAGCAGGGCGAGAGCUGAAGUUUGUGCUUUUACUUUACCGGCAUGGAGACAGAAGCCCUAUUGAAAGCUAUCCUACCAGCCUGCAUAAAGAAAGUGAAUGGCCACAAGGAUACGGACAGCUGACUACGAUUGGAAUGCAGCAGCAGUACGAGCUUGGACAGUACAUAAAGAAAAGAUAUUCUAACUUCCUGAGCCAUGCAUACAAACGAGAGGAGAUUUUGGUUCAGAGCUCAGAAACCGAUCGAACAAUUAUGAGUGCCCAGGCAAAUCUAGCUGGUAUGUUCCCCCCCACUGGUGAGCAAGUAUGGAACCCUGACCUCCUUUGGCAACCUGUCCCAGUUCACAUUGUACCAAAAGGACACAGUCCGAAAUUGCGUUACCCAAUAUUUGACUGUCCACGUUACAGAGAACUUCUGAAGGAAACAAUGGAAUCAAGUGAAUUUCAGGCCAAAAUUCAACCAUAUGAGGAAUUUAUACAAGAAAUAGCUGUUUAUGCAGGAUAUAACCCCUACAUUCUCAAAUAUGUGGACAAUUUCAAACUCUGGCAUAUACAGGAUACUUUGUUUUGUGAGUUAAUUCACAAUUACACGUUGCCUAAAUGGGCAACCGAAGACAUAAGAGCAAAGCUGGAAGAGCUAACGGUUAUUUCUUUGUCAACAUUAUUUGGCAUUUACAAAAGGGAAGAGAAGGCUCGACUACAAGGAGGUCUCCUUGUGAAAAAUAUUCUAGAACAUCUCUCAAAUGCUGCAAAAUAUCCAAAAAGGAGAAAGAUGCUUAUCUAUUCUGCACAUGACACAACACUUGGAGCCCUGCAGAUGGCGCUCAAUAUUUAUAAUGAAAAAGUACCACCAUAUGCAGCUUGUCAGAUUUUUGAAUUAUAUCAAGAAACAAAUGGAUAUCAUACUAUUGAAAUGUACUUUCGGAAUGACACUUCAAAAGAGCCCUAUCCACUUACCUUGCCUGGCUGCUCAACUGCAUGCCUACUUUCAAGGUUUAAAGAACUGGUCUCUCCUAUCCUAGUAGAUGACUGGCCCAGGGAAUGUGGGAAGACAGAAGAAAUGAAAGGCUUAACAUGGGGUCGUAAUCCAAAGAGCCAGUACUUCUAUGCAGGAAACAUGCCUAUAAGAAGCUCUCAAGGAGAAAAAAGAGUGCUAGGCUGCAGGCCAGAGGCCUGCCUUUUUAAAGGCCUGUCACAUACCACAAAGGAACUGGAGCGUGAGGAGACGUCCAGAUGCAUAGGGCAGUUCUUCAUAGAGGUGACUCCUGCUUAG